AUGUCUGGCACUGUGGCGGAUAUUUCCUUGGUGCACUGGAAGCAGCAGUGGCUGGAGAACGGCACCCUGUAUUUCCACGUCUCCAUGAGCAGUGCCGAGCAGCUGUCCCGGGCCACCCCACCCACCCUUCAAGAGCCUGCUGAGAUCGUGGAGGAGCAGAUGCACGUUCUUCACAUUUCUGUCAUGGGUGGCCUGAUCGCUCUGCUCCUGCUCCUGCUGGUGUUCACAGUGGCGCUGUAUGCCCAGCGGCGAUGGCACAAGCGCCGCCGGAUCCCCCAGAAAAGUGCCAGCACUGAAGCCACCCACGAGAUCCACUACAUCCCCUCGGUGCUGCUGGGCCCGCAGGCCCGGGAGAGCUUCCGCAACUCACGCCUGCAGGCUCACAACUCCGUCAUCGGCAUGCCCAUCCGCGAGACGCCCAUCCUGGACGACUACGACUUUGAGGACGAGGAUGAGGUCCCACAGCGGGCAGAGCCUGGCACGAGGGAGGACGAGUUUGGCAGCCAGGUGACGCGGACGCUGGAGAGCCUGGGCAGGGGCGGGGAGGAGAAGCCCGAAUACGAGAAGAAAGCUGCUGAGGCGACGCAGGAGACGGUGGAGUCCUUGAUGCAGAAGUUCAAGGAGAGUUUCCGCACCAACACGCCCAUUGAGAUCGGCCAGCUCCAGCCGGCCCUGCGCAGCACGUCGAUGGGGAGGCGGAAACGCAGGAGCAGACCCCGAGGUGGAAUUGGGUUUGGACGUGCCAAGGGAAACUCUGGCUCAGAGGCAGAUGACGAAACCCAGCUGACCUUCUAUACCGAGCAGUAUAGGAGCCGGAGACGGAGCAAAGGCUCUCUGAAGAGUCCAGUGAACAAGACGGCCCUGACGCUGAUUGCAGUCAGCUCCUGCAUCCUGGCCAUGGUGUGUGGCACCCAGCUCUCCUGCCCUUUGACUGUGAAGGUCACUCUUCAUGUGCCUGAGCACUUCAUUGCAGACGGAAGCAGUUUUGUUGUGAGCGAAGGAAGCUACCUGGACAUCUCUGACUGGUUAAAUCCAGCCAAGCUCUCCCUUUACUAUCAGAUUAAUGCCACCUCCCCCUGGGUGAGAGAUCUUUGUGGGCAGAGGACCACCGAUGCCUGUGAGCAGCUGUGUGAUCCAGAGACUGGUGAGUGCAGCUGUCAUGAAGGCUACGCCCCUGACCCAGUGCAUCGGCAUCUGUGUGUGCGCAGUGACUGGGGGCACAGUGAAGGGCCUUGGCCCUACACAACACUCGAAAGGGGCUAUGACUUGGUCACAGGAGAACAAGCGCCAGAGAGGAUACUCAGGUCCACUUAUAGUUUGGGUCAGGGCCUCUGGCUACCCGUCAGUAAGAGCUUUGUGGUGCCACCUGUGGAGCUUUCCAUCAAUCCUCUUGCCAGCUGCAAGACAGACGUCCUGGUGACAGAAGACCCGGCAGACGUCAGGGAAGAAGCGAUGUUGUCCACCUACUUCGAAACCAUCAAUGACCUGCUCUCUUCCUUUGGGCCAGUCCGAGACUGCUCACGCAACAACGGUGGCUGCACCCGUAACUUCAAGUGUGUGUCGGACCGCAAAGUGGACUCCACGGGCUGUGUGUGCCCGCAGGAGCUGAGGCCCAUGAAGGACGGCACUGGCUGCUACGACUAUUCCAAGGGGAUCGACUGUUCGGAUGGCUUCAAUGGUGGCUGUGAGCAGCUGUGCCUCCAGCAGACCCUUCCCCUGCCAUAUGACCCCUCCUCCAGCACCAUCUUCAUGUUCUGCGGCUGUGUCGAGGAAUACAAACUCGCUCCAGACGGCAAAUCCUGUCUCAUGUUGUCUGACAUCUGCGAGGGCCCCAAGUGCUUGAAGCCGGACACCAAAUUCAACGACACCCUCUUUGGUGAGAUGCUGCACGGGUACAACAACAGGACCCAGCAUGUCAACCAAGGCCAGGUGUUCCAGAUGACCUUCAGGGAGAAUAACUUCAUCAAGGACUUCCCCCAGCUGGCCGACGCGCUGAUGGUGAUUCCGCUGCCCGUGGAGGAGCAGUGCCGCGGCGUCCUCUCUGAGCCCCUGCCUGACCUCCAGCUGCUCACUGGAGACAUCAGGUACAACGAGGCCAUGGGCUACCCCAUGGUGCAGCACUGGCGGGUCAGAAGCAACCUCUACAAAGUGAAGCUCAGCACCAUCACCCACUCUGCAGGAUUUGCAAAUGUGCUGAAGAUUCUAAGCAAGGACAGCAGCCGGGAGGAGCUGUUGUCGUUCAUUCAGCAGUACGGCUCUCACUACAUCGAAGAGGCGCUGUAUGGAUCAGAGUUCAGCUGCAACAUCCACUUCCCCAGCAAGAAGGUCCAACAGCAGCUUUGGCUCCAGUACCAGAAAGAUCAAAAGGGGGACCAGAUGGUGCAGUGCCUUAGGACAUUAGUAUAUUACCUCUGGAGACCGGGAUUCAGAUGUGACCUCAGACAAACGACUGAACUCGGUACAAAGAAGGAGCUCAAGUCUAUGCCAUUCAUCACCUACCUCUCAGGCCUGCUGACAGCUCAGAUGCUCUCGGACGACCAGCUGAUCUCAGGCGUGGAGAUCCACUGCGAAGAAAAGGGCCGCUGCCCCUCCACCUGCCACUUGUGUCGGCGCCCAGGCAAAGAGCAGCUCAGCCCAGCCCCGGUGCUGCUGGAAAUUAACCGGGUGGUGCCCCUGUACACGCUGAUACCGGACAACGACACGAAGGAGGCCUUCAGGGGAGCCCUGAUGAGCUCGUACUGGUGCUCAGGGAAAGGAGACGUUAUCGAGGAUUGGUGCAGAUGUGACCUCAAUGCCUUCGACGAGAAUGGACUCCCAAACUGCAGUCCUCUCCCUCAGCCUGUGUUGCGCUUAUCCCCCAGUGUAGAGCCCUCCAGCACCGUGGUCUCUCUGGAGUGGCUGGAUGUCCAGCCUGCGAUCGGGACAAAGGUCUCCGAUUACGUCCUUCAGCACAAGAAGGUUGAUGAGUACACGGACACUGACCUCUACACAGGAGAAUCCUUGAGCUUUGCUGAUGAUUUGCUCUCCGGACUCGGAACUUCCUGCGUGGCAGCUGGCAGGAGCCAUGGAGGGAUCCCAGAAACCAGCCUUUAUUCGGUCAUUUUCAAGUGCCUGGAACCAGAUGGCCUGUACAAAUUUACCCUCUAUGCCGUGGACACCCGAGGGAGGCAUUCAGAGCUGAGCUCAGUCACCCUGAGAACAGCCUGCCCACUGGUGGAUGACAGCAAGGCAGAAGAAAUAGCUGACAAAAUCUACAACCUCUACAAUGGCUACACCAGUGGGAAGGAGCAGCAGACUGCCUACAACACGCUGAUGGAGGUCUCCGCGUCCAUGCUCUUCCGAGUCCAGCACCACUACAACUCGCACUACGAGAAGUUUGGAGACUUUGUCUGGCGCAGUGAGGAUGAACUGGGGCCCAGGAAAGCUCACCUGAUCUUAAGGAGGCUGGAGAAAGUUAGCAGCCACUGUUCGACCCUGCUCCGCAGUGCCUAUAUCCAGAGCCGCACCGACACCAUGCCCUACCUGUUCUGCCGCAGCGAAGAGGUCCGGCCGGCCGGCAUGGUCUGGUACAACAUCCUAAAGGACACCAAAGUGACGUGCGAGGAGAAGAUGGUCUCCAUGCUGCGCAACAUGUACGGGGAGUCCAAGGGGCGGUGAGGGACGAUGUUGGCCUGGAGCUGUGGAAGGGACCUCCGAGGAGUCACGGACAUGUGACAACCUGAGUAGCUGGUGGGCUUAGGGGAAGGGUGAUGUUCGGAUGGAGGGGACAGCGAGGCCAAAGCGGACUGUUUGACACAGGCGGUGGAGAAACGAGAAAUCAGCCAGUUGGACUUUGAUUUCCCUUUUUAUUUUAUUUUUUAAAAUGAAAAUACCUAAUUUGACUCAGUAGCACCGUCUCUCCUUUUUAAUCUUUUCUUACCGAAUUUCCUGGACUACGCGCUCCAAAUCUGAGAGGAGGAGAAAUCCAAAAGAACCAGGUCAGGGCACAGGAGAGCGAGCUGCGCCCUCCCCUGCUAGCCUUGGAAGCGGACGAGGUGGGAAAGGGGGCCCGCUGCCUCAGCGCGUCAAGGAGCGAAGGCGAAGCCUCUCAGUUCUCGGCGGCGACACCGGGAGCUGGAAACCGAAGAUCAUGGAGAUUAACGCCAGCCGGGCAGGUGCAAAGACAUUGCAGGCAAACUGGGUUUUUUUUUAACGCUCCAAGUUUGCAGAACGGCUGCGUGCGGAGUCUUCAUUUGCAGGGCUCCUGACAGGUUGUUCUGUGCAUUAAAGAUUCAUAUGAAGUCCA